CAUCUUCGUCAAACUUGCCCAGAAACCAUUUUACAAUCUAGAUCAGGUAUGCAAAUUCUGAUGAUUCACUCGAGAAUUUCUAAUCAAUCGAAAUCGUGUGUACCAGUCACGCGUAUAUACACUCCCAAUUAAAUCGCAAGCUUCGUGUCUCCAUUGUGAUAAAGUUGAUGUUUUUGCAUAGCUUAUCUGAUUAAAUCGAUGGCUCUUUUCAUUUCUUGUGGGGAAGUUUCAUCUUCUCAAUUCACUCUACUUCGUUUACUCAACCAAAGCCUUGAUUUUGUUAGUGACAAUGUCUCUAGAAUCUUAGCUCCUAUAGUCACCAACCUAAGGGACUUUGAAAUGCGUCUUUCUUGUAUUGAACGUCCUUCAUCUAUUUCUGGCAAGCAUUCUCAUUUGUGCACUGAGAAAUGGUUUUCUGAUCAAAAAGAUCAAAAGAGAGACCCGGAAGCUAUUUUCAAUGUGCUUGAUUAUAUCUUGAAAAGCAGCUUGGAUCGCCUGGCUUCGUUGAGGGAGAGUGUAUGUCAGACAAAGAAUUUUGAGUACGAUGAUUCGUUAUCUAUUCACUCGUCUAUAAUGAGGGAUCUUUGUUUACAAGGGAAGAUGGACGCUGCUCUCUGGCUACGGGAAAAAAUGUUACGUAGUGGAUUUAUCCCAGGUUUGAUCAUGCACAAUCAUCUUUUAAAUGGGUUGUGUAAAUUAGGUUAUAUCGAGAAGGCGGAUGGACUUGUUAGAGAGAUGAGGGAAAUGGGUCCUUCGCCCAAUUGUGUCUCUUAUAACACCUUAAUCAAGGGUCUGUGCAGUGUUAACAAUGUAGAUAAAGCUCUGUAUCUCUUCAGUACUCUGAAUAAAUAUGGUAUUAAGCCAAAUAGAGUGACUUGCAACAUAAUUGUGCAUGCACUUUGCCAGAAAGGUGUUAUAGGAAACAACAACACGAAGCUUCUUGAAGAGAUCUUAGAUAGUAGCCAGGUGAACGCACCCUUGGAUAUAGUCACCUGUACCAUUCUGAUGGAUAGUUGUUUUAAGAAUGGAAAUGUUGUUCAAGCCCUUGAGGUUUGGAAGGAGAUGUCACAGAAAAAUGUCCCUACUGAUUCGGUUGUGUACAAUGUCAUUAUUCGUGGGUUGUGUUCGAGUGGAAACAUGGUUGCUGCUUAUGGGUUCAUGUGUGACAUGGUAAAGAGAGGAGUAAAUCCUGAUGUUUUCACUUACAACACUCUCAUAAGCGCAUUGUGCAAAGCGGGAAAGUUUGAUGUGGCAUGUGAUCUCCAUGGUACCAUGCAAAAUGUUGGUGUUGCUCCUGAUCAGAUUUCAUACAAAGUUAUUAUUCAAGGUCUAUGUAUACAGGGAGAUGUGGACAGGGCGAACGAGUUCCUUCAAAGCAUGCUAAAAAGGUCUCUGCUUCCAGAGGUUCUGCUAUGGAACGUGGUUAUUGAUGGUUAUGGAAGAUAUGGUGAUACUAGCUGUGCUUUAUCUGUUCUAAAUCUAAUGCUUUCUUACGGUGUUAAACCAAAUGUUUACACAAACAAUGCUUUGAUUCAUGGGUAUGUGAAAGGGGGAAGAUUAAUUGAUGCAUGGUGGGUCAAAAAUGAAAUGCGAUCUACCAAAAUCCACCCAGAUACAACCACCUAUAAUCUGCUAGUAGGUGCUGCUUGUACACUGGGUCACUUGCGGUUGGCAUUUCAGUUGUAUGAUGAAAUGCUGAAAAGGGGAUGUCAACCUGAUAUCAUUACUUAUACUGAGCUGGUUAGAGGGCUCUGUUGGAAGGGUCGAUUGAAGGAGGCUGAAAGCCUUUUGUCGAGAAUGCAAGUAUCUGGUAUAACAAUGGAUCAUGUUCCAUUUUUGAUACUAGUAAAGAAAUAUACCAGAUUGCAGCGACCAGAUGAGGCGUAUUUAGUUUACAAAAAGUGGUUAGUGACGAGGAACGGAGGAGUUUCUUGUCCAAGUAUCCUAAAUCACAAGCCUACCUGAGAGCAGUAAUGCGCUGGUUUAAUCAAGAAACAGAGCAAGUUUAUCCUUCCCGAAAUGCCUAUUGCCUCUCCGGUAGUUGUUUUAUGGACAUCUGAGCUAAGUUCAGUUUCUUUUGAAAACAUAGAAAACCCGAUAUGAGGAACGACAGAACCUGUUUCCAGAUAUCAAUCUUGGUGAAGUCGCAAGAAAUCACUUUGGUACAUGCGAGGAAACCUCAGCUGGAUGAGGUUUCCUCUUUUCCUUUUCUUGGGAAUCAAUCGAUAUGUUUUCUUCACAUCUCUCACAAACUAUAGUUACAUUCAGGUAUUGAUGGAUGGUUUGGCUGUUUGGGGCGUGCACAGGGCUGUUUCUUCAAAAACUCCCAAUAUACUUUCUUCUCUGAAACAUGAAAAGCCUUUCAUUACAAUUUGCAAGAAAAAUGUGAAUAUGUUCCUUUACGCAUGAUUCUUGAGUCAACUAUCAUCUUGGCUUAUAGCAUUAUAACUUUAUAUUGGUAGUGUAGCUGUGUAGUUGACAAUCUUGCCAUGAAGAUUGAUUCAUGUACAACAAGAUGCUAACAUAAAUUUCCAUUCUGUUGUCUUCAUAGAACAAUAAUUUCUAAAUUUCUGUAAACACUAUCCCAAAAUUUUAAGAUUAAGAAAGAAGCUUUUGUUACAA